AUUUACCAUGAUUUCUUCAAAAAAGAAACUCAUCACUAUCUUCCACAUUUUCUUCUUUUCUCUUUUCAAAAAUCCAACGGUAGCUACUUUUAGCUUAAAAUCCCACACUUUUCAUUCAAAGAACUACAAUUAAACCCACCUCAGUCUCCACAGUUAAUAGUUAAGCAUAAAAACAAAGAAAAUUUUGAAAAACAAAAGCAUAAAAUAAAAUCCAAGAAAACCAAACAGACCAGUACAAGUCCUGAUUUUUCAAGUCCCAGCCUUGUUUUCUUCGUACUACCUCUUCACACUUUUACUGUUCCUCAAAAUAUCCCUGUAACAACUAAAGAAAUUCAGACAACAAAGAAAAGGGCUAAGAAUUUUCUACUGCUCGCGUUCUAAUCAACCAGCCCCACACCUUGAGUGUGACCAUUGUACUCGGUUUUCUGCAUUUAUACUUCAUUGACCCAGCAAAGAAAAAACCCAUUUGGCCAAUUUUUAAUCUUUCCUUAUUUUCUUUUGGUUGGUUGGAUUUUUUUGGCAUUGAUGAUUUGGGUGUUGUGGGCUUCAAGAUUUCAGUUGACUUUAACUUGUUGAAAAUUUCAUCAAUUUUGUAGUUAUUGUGUCUUGGUGGCCGGCUGUUCUACUAGGAUUUAAAAUAAAGUUUCGUGCUUUCAUGUGAAAAAUAAAUAAAAUAUAAUAAAAUAAAUAUAUAUUAAUGGCCCAAGCCGCUAAUGUCAGGCUGGUACGUUGCCCCAAGUGUGAAAAUCUCCUCCCUGAGCUCCCUGAUUUCUCUCUCUACCAGUGUGGUGGCUGUGGUGCGGUUCUUAAAGCAAAACAGGAAGGGGUUCUGGAAGAUGGACUGACCGAUAUACCCCUUGCUGAAAUUCCGGAAGAAACCAAUAUAGUUGAAGCCUCCGAGGUUAAAAUGAAAGGUUCAGACAAUUUUGAGGCUCACACAUUAGAAGAAGCCCAUAAAGGAGUGGCUUACAACAACAGUUCAACAUCACGAGCCGAAGGCAAAGAGGCACAAUCAGACUCUAAUCUAAUCAGGCAAGGCAAACAAAGGAUUAGAAAUUUCGAAAGUCUUGAUAAUAACAAGUACACUCCAUUCUCCCGAGACCUUAACAGAAAUCCGCCUAUCAAUCGCGGCCCAGCAUAUAUCCAUCUUCCAGACGAGCCAUUGAGGCCGAGGCCCGUUAUGGACCACUGGGGUUUAGCUUCUGGGCCGGGCUACGGGACUUCUAGAGACUUCUCUCCACAAAUGAGGUUCGGCGAUUACCCGUACUUUGACGAGGGGCAGUCAAGUUACGAAACAGACUCUUAUUACAACCGAGGUGAAAGAAACAGUAUGUACCGAGGCCCGAUAGAGGAUUUGGAAAAUGGGCGGGCCGAACUCAUAAGGAGGCUGGAUGAGCUGAAAGAUCAGAUAAGCCGUUCGUGCGAAAUCUCGGACAAAUCCAGCGUGCAGAGGUCCACUGAUCCUUACGGUAGACCUCGAUCGUCUUAUAACUACCCGGAAAACCCGAAUAAGCAGCCGCUCGUUCAUGAUGAUGUGGGCUCACAGUAUUUUGUCGAGCCCCGUGAAUAUGUACCUUACAAAACAGAUAGGUAUAGUUCACGUCCCGUUGACUCGUAUCAUGAGAAGAGGUACCCACACGAGUUCAUGCACUAUUCAAGUGCAUACAACAAGCCCGAAAUUCUCCAUAAUGGACCUACUUUCGGCCCGUACUCUCAGUAUCACGGUCAAAGUCACGAUCUUUUCAUGUUGAACCGUCGUGAAAACUUUCUCCAUCAGCCCGCAUGCUCUUGCAUGCAUUGCUAUGAUAAGAGCUGGCCCGGCCCGCCUAAAGGGCCCGAUCAUCUUGGCCCGCAGCACAACCCAAGGUUUCGUAAUGAACCAUCUAAAUCUAAUAAUCCCGAUCAUAGGUCGAACUUACGAGCACGGGGCCCUCAGAAUAAGUCGAUGUCCGUGAAUUCUAACGACAUGGAUUCUGAUAAUGACGGUUUGAAUUAUUAUUACCACCGGCCAAGGAAAUUCUUGGCGGGAAAUAAUAAAAACUGGCGAGCCAGUCGCCCGGUGGCUGGGGGUGCGCCUUAUAUAGCGUGCGGUAAUUGCUUCGAGGUGCUUAAAAUGCCAAGGAGGCGCGUUUUAUCGGUCGAAAGCAAGCAGAAGCUGAAAUGUGGGGCUUGCUCCUCGAUUAUCGUGUUUGAACUCGGGGAAAAUGGGUUUGUUGUGUCGACAUCUGUCGACCAAGAAAUGACCAAGAAGAUGGACGAUGGUUCGAGCGGGACUUUGGAAGAGAACAAACACUAUAACGAAUAUGAUGAUUUUUUUCAAGUUCGAAUCUUUUCGACUGACGACAAGAAGUCGAAGAACUCUCUCGUGUCCGAAAAGCAGCUCGAUCAGCUUUCGUCGGGUUCGAGUCUUUCUGAGGAUGGCCGAAUGGAAGUGAAGUCUUUGCCGCCAGAUAAUGAUUUGCCUCCCGAUGAUAAGAAUAUAACGGUCAACCGUUUUGAUCGAAGGAACAAAAGUCAAAGGCCCGAGCAAGAGAAGAUUUCUCUCGAGCGGGCGGCUUCACAGCAGAAAUCUGUGAAGGAUGAUGGUGUGGCAACUGAAAUGGACGUGUCUUUGAACGAGUUUUCGAAUAGCUGUGUCUCUCAGGACUCGGUGGAAAUUAGUAAAGAAGCUAAUAAACCCAAGGCUAAUAAAGGUGGGGAAUCGUUCUUUGCGGGUCUUAUCAAGAAGGGCCUCAAGGACUUCAAAAAGCCUAACCAUGGUUUAGAAGCCGGAGGCCUGCAGGUUUAUGUAAACGGGCAUUUUAUACCUGAUAGUGUGGUUAAGAGGGCUGAGAAAUUAGCCGGGCCAAUUCAACCCGGAGAAUACUGGUACGAUAAGCGCGCUGGAUUUUGGGGUGUGAUGGGUCAUCCUUGCCUUGGUAUAAUCAUGCCAAAUAUUGAAGAAUUCGAUUAUCCAAUGCCCGAUAACUGUGCUGCUGGGAAUACGGGAGUUUUUGUGAAUGGGCGUGAGCUUCACCAGAAAGAUCUCGAUUUGCUUGUUAGCCGAGGCCUUCCCAUAACUAGAAACAGAUCUUACUCUAUCGAGAUUACUGGGAGAGUUGUUGAUGAACAAACCGGAGAAGAACUUGACGGUUUAGGCAAACUUGCCCCCACGGUAGAGAGGGCCAAGCAUGGAUUCGGCAUGAAAGUUCCCAGGUUCUUAGCUCAAUCAAAGAAUUAAAAUGCUGGCCUUCUUUUAGCUUUAUCCCGGUUUUUAUAUAUGAAGAGAUUGGUUCUUUCAUUGAUCGGAUUAUGUAAUCUCAUUGGCCAUAUUUGUUCAUGCUUAUUUGCUGAAAAAGAUCGGCCAAAAGUUAAAACCCUUGUGCGUGUGUUUAUAGUAUGUGUAGUUUGAUGGCAAUGGAUUGUGUACUAUUCAGUAAAUUUUAUCGGCAUUUUGUAAUAGUUUCUGUAAAUUUUCCCUCCCAAUUCUUUGUAUUUUUCGACAAUAUCAACUGGAAAAAAUGUAUGAAAAAACUGAAGAAAAAGCUUUUUGUAUCUAUCUGCAUUUGGUAAACUGAAGAAAAAGCUUUUUGUAUGUAUCUGCAUUUGGU